AUGACACAUUUCCGUCUCACAAUCGAAAAUGGCAAGUUCUGCGAUACCAACGGCAGGCAGGUGAUUCUCCGGGGCAUCAAUGUCGCCGGCGAAGCCAAGUACCCCAGCAAGCCCAACCAACCAUCGCAUGUGGCAGACGAUUUCUUCGACGGUGACAAAGUCAGCUUCGUCGGCAGGCCAUUCCCCAAAGACGAGGCGCAUCUCCACUUCUCGCGAUUGAAACGGUUUGGCUACAACACCAUCCGCUACGUCUUCACCUGGGAGGCCAUCGAGGCCGCCGGUCCGGGCAUUUACGACGAGGCGUGGAUCGAGGAGACGAUCGAGGUGCUGAGGGCGGCGAAAGGCUACGGGUUCUAUAUCUUUAUGGACCCCCAUCAGGAUGUGUGGUCCCGGUUCUCUGGAGGAUCUGGCGCGCCAAUGUGGACGCUCUACGCCGCCGGGCUCAAUCCUGAGAGCUUUGCGGUGACCGAGGCUGCCAUUGUCCACAACACAUAUCCAGACCCCGACACAUUCCCAAAAAUGAUUUGGUCAACAAACUACUUCCGCCUGGCCGCCGCCACCAUGUUCACUCUUUUCUUCGCCGGCAAGGACUUUGCGCCAAAAUGUAUCAUCGAUGGAAUGAACAUCCAGGAUUAUCUGCAAGGGCAUUUCCUCCGCGCCUGCGCCCAUCUCGCCAGGCGUAUUCAUGAGGCUGGGGACAUUGAGAAUGACGUUGUAUUUGGCUGGGAAAGCAUGAAUGAGCCAAACAAGGGCAUGGUCGGCUACGAAGACAUUAGCGUCAUACCGAAAGAGCAGGCUCUAAAGAAAGGAAGCUGCCCGACGAUCUGGCAGACCAUGCUUUCGGGGUCUGGGCGAGCCGUCGACGUGGAGAUGUGGGACAUGGGUGGGCUCGGCCCCUAUAAGGUAGGGAGAACUCUAAUUGACCCGCAUGGCGAGAUUGCGUGGUUGCCAAAGGAGUAUGACGAUUCGCGGUAUGGCUACAAGAGAGACCCCGGGUGGAAACUUGGCGAGUGCAUAUGGGCUCAGCAUGGUGUGUGGGAUCCGUCCACAGACACGCUCCUGAAAAAGGACUAUUUCGGGAAGCACCCGACAACCGGGGACACGGUCGACUACCCUUAUUUCACCAACAACUACUUCAUGGACCACUUCCGGAAAUACCGCGACAUGGUCCGCUCAUAUCACAAGGACGCCAUCCUGCUCUUGCAGGGCCCCACGAUGGAGCUGCCACCUCUCAUCAAGGGCACCCCAGACGGCGAUGAUACUCUCCUGGCCUAUGCUCCGCACUGGUACGACGGCAUCACGUUAAUGACCAAGAAAUGGAACCGCAGCUGGAACGUCGAUGUGAUAGGUGUGCUUCGUGGGCGGUAUUGGCACCCGGCUUUCGCCAUCAAGCUGGGCGAGGCAGCCAUCCGGAACUGCUUCAGGGACCAACACGCAGCCAUGAGGCAGGAGGGCCUCGACCGCAUAGGGAACCACCCGUGUGUGAUGACGGAGUUCGGCAUCCCCUACGACAUGGAUAACAAAUACGCGUACAAAACAGGCGACUACUCGAGUCAAUCGGCCGCUAUGGACGCCAAUCACUUCGGAGUAGAAGCUUCCGGCCUCGAGGGUUAUACCUUGUGGCUGUAUAUGGCAUCCAACGACCAUGAGAAUGGGGAUCAAUGGAACGGCGAAGAUCUCUCCAUCGUCUCGGUCGACGACAAGUUGCUUCCUCUCUCGGCGCGCCCCAAGACGCCGGAACUUGAGGACUCGACGUCAAACCUGCGGCCGUCUGCGUCGAGAAAAGAGUUGGAUGAUGAUGAAAGUGUGACCCCAGCUAAUAUUAAACGCUCCAUCACAAACCCUUCGAUAUCAUCCGAAGCUACUUCGCGCCAGCCCGAACUGACAUCAUCUCCGGGAUACCGGGCAGCCGAGGCCUAUGUGCGGCCGGCGCCAAUUGCCACUGCCGGAGUCAUCACGAACUAUGUGUUCGAUCUCCGACAAUGCCUCUUCACCCUAACCGUCAAGGCUCCCGAGGUAGCAGACCCGGAUACGCCGACGGUGGUGUUCCUUCCCGAAUACCACUUCCCCAAGGAUGCCUGCUCGGUCGAGGUGAGCUCCGGGAAAUGGGAGAUCAGCAGCGACGAGGAGGAGACGGUGCUCAUCCAGCGGCUGCGCUGGUGGCAUGGCAAGGGCGAGCAAACGCUGAGGAUUUCGGGCGUCGUCAAGAAGCACAAUAUCGGAGAGGGAGCCGAGGAUUCCGGGUAUUAUGAGCAGUGCAACCAGGGGGCAUGGAGCAAUUGCACCCUCAUGUAA